AUGGCUCCUCCCACCACCACCACCACCACCACCACCUCCUCCUCCUCCUCCUCCUCCUCCUCCUCCCCGCGCUUCUCUCCUGAAGAAGUCACCGUCGUCUUCUUCCUCGGCGGCCCCGGCAGUGGCAAAGGUACUCAAUCCGCCAACCUCGUCCGCGACUAUGGUUUCUCCCACCUCUCGGCCGGCGAUCUCCUUCGCGCCGAACAGCUCCGCGAAGGCAGCCAAUACGGCCAAAUGAUCAAGACCUACAUCACCGAAGGCAAGAUCGUCCCCAUGGAAGUCACCGUCAACCUGCUCUCCAACGCCAUGCGCGAGAUCCUCGAUAACCACCCGCCCGCCCCCGGCACCAAGGCCCGCUUCCUGAUCGAUGGGUUCCCGCGCAAGCUGGACCAGGCGGUCUUCUUCGAGCAGACGGUGUGUCCGUCGGAAUUGGUGCUCUUCUUGGAUUGUCCCGAGGAUGUGAUGGAGGCGCGACUCUUGAAGCGCGGCGAGACGAGUGGGCGCGAUGAUGAUAACGCCGAGUCGAUUCGCAAGCGGUUCCGCACUUUUGUCGAGACUUCCAUGCCUGUGGUGGAUGAUUUCGAGAAGAAGGGCAAGGUGGUGAACGUCAAGGCGACAGGGCGGGUGGAGGAUGUGUAUGAGUUGGUGAAGGAGGGCAUCGAGGCUCGUGGUCUGCACGCUCGUUAG